AUGAAUGGAAUAGAUAUCUUCCUAACCCUCGCCCUCCCCACCGUAAUCCUCAUCCACCUCCUCCUAGCACCCUACACCAAAGUCGAGGAAUCCUUCAACAUUCAAGCCACUCACGAUAUCCUAACCUACGGUCUUCCUACGUCAAACCUCUCUUCCACCUUAAACACUUAUGAUCAUACCGCCUUUCCCGGCGCAGUACCGAGGACUUUCUUUGGAGCACUUUCUCUAGCCACAGUUUCUAAACCUAUUUUACUACUUACGCGGGGAAGAUAUGCUCAGGUGAUUGUGAGAGGUGUAUUGGCGUUAUUCAAUGCAGCAUGUUUGCUUAGGUAUAGAAAUGGAUUGACGGGGGCCUUUGGGGUGGAUGUUGGGAGAUGGUAUAUGGUUUUGCAAGUCACGCAAUUUCAUGUGGUUUAUUAUGCUUCCAGAACAUUGCCAAAUAUGUUUGCUUUUGGUCUUACAACUUUGGCAUUUACCGAAUUUCUUCCAGCAAGAGGGGGAAGUAGACCCAAAGUUGGGAUAUUCCUCUUUGUAUUUGCAGGUGUGGUAUUUAGAUCUGAGAUUGCUAUUUUGCUCUUUACGCAAUUGGUAUAUUUGCUUGUAUUAUCGAGGAUUUCCUUGAAGAUGGUCAUUCCAGCUGGUCUACAGAGUGCUAUCUUAGCUCUCGCUAUUUCAGUACCUAUUGAUUCAUAUUUUUGGCAAGAGCCAUUGUGGCCAGAAUUGGCCGGAUUUCAUUAUAAUGCUAUUCAGGGGAAGUCUUCUGAGUGGGGUACUUCUCCAAUUUUCCAUUACUUUAUCUCGCUAUUGCCUCGUUUAUUGAUGAAUCCUUUGAUUCUUCUGUUAUUACAUCCUCUGGCUUUGACUAUCCCGGCGACGAAACAUACCUCGAAAGAUCUGAUUAUCCCGUCGCUUCUAUUUGUUGCAAUAUAUAGUCUACAACCUCACAAAGAGUCAAGAUUCAUCAUCUACGUUGUGCCACCUCUUACUGCUGCAGCUUCUCUCUCUGCUUCAUAUAUCUGGACACGACGUUCCAAGAGUUGGCUUUAUACCUUUGGGUCUUUGGUUUUAAUUGGAUCGGUUGCAUUGAGUUUCGUGGCAUCAUCAGCUAUGCUGAUGAUUUCCUCCCUGAACUAUCCAGGAGGAGAUGCCCUUUCCCAACUUCAUAAUCAUAUCCUCAAAGAUCUUUCGAGAUCUCCGCGCACGCAACGCACGCAAGAUCGAAAUAUCUCGAUUCAUAUGGACGUUCUUUCUUGCAUGACAGGCAUAACUCGUUUUCAACAAUAUCCUUCUCUCCCUCUUCGUUUUCCCUACAAUCAAAAUGUCACGCUAAACUACGAUAAAACCGAAGACUCCCCUGAAUUGGGGAGAAGCGGCUUUUUGGAUGAAGUUCGAUUAUGCAUUGAUGGAAAGAACCUGGUUUGGCGGUUGGCAAGUGCGAGGUUUUAG